CCUAGAAAAAGCCUUAAAAAAUUCGGAAAAAAGAUUUAAGGAAUUAGAACAAAGUAAAAAGGAAGCCGAUGAUGAAAAUCAAUUGUUACUCUCCUUUUUAUUAAAUGAAAUUGGUAGCAAGGAUAUAGAAAAUUUAAAAAAAUUAUUAGCAGGACAGAAACUUAUUGAAAUAUUGACUGAAUUAGAUGUCCGAAAGCAAGACAUUCAAAGCGAAGUAAAGAUCAAAGAACAAGAAAAAUCCCAAUGCAAGAUUACUGAAUUAGAAGAAACGAUUGGAGAACAAGAAAAUAAAGUUAAAUCCAUGAAUGAAACUAUUAAU